AUCCGGGAACUUCAGAAUCACCAUUGACAGCCGAAGCGCAACUUUUCCCCAGGCAAAGUGAAAUCAAGCCGCGGACUCGGACAAAAUAUAGUCCCCGGUUUUUAACUUAAAAUUAGCGGAAAAAAAGCGACGCGGCGUCGCGUUCGAACCCGUCCACGUUCGGCUGGGUUCACCGGAGCGGCCUGGCGGGAUCCGGGAGUCCUUUCUGUCGGGUUUGGAGCACUUUUGAAGCCGGGCGGAAAGUGGGGGGUGAUGAGUCCUAGGCUGUGAAGAAAAAAAAAAAGCGAGAACUUGUUCUGCGAGCUUCUUUCAAUUGUUGUCGCUUGAAAAAACCUCUUUAAUUGACGGAAACUUGGUGUCGGCCGCGUCGGAAGUGGAGAAAAGUGCUUUCCUGGGCGGAACAUGGAACUACAAGGCCUGCAAGAGGCGCUGAAAGUGGAGAUCCAAUGUCAUCAGAACCAGACGUUGUGUAAGGGCCUGAACGAGCUGCAGAACGGACAGAAGCUGGCCGUCAGAAGCUGCCCCGUGGCCACGACCAAGCCGCUGUCGCUCAUCAAGCCUCCCAGCCAGGCCAUCGCCAUCUCCGUGGUGCCGGCCAAGGCGCCCGUUUCCAUGGUGACCGCGCACAUCAACGGCCAGAAGGCGGCGAGCUCGGAGCCGCUGCAGACGUCCCCCAUCAACCUGCAGACAGGUGGCAGGGCGGCGGGGGGCGGAGUCCACUCGUUCAGCAGCAGCAGGAGAGUCGGAGAGCUGCCCCCAUCCCAGAUGUUGGGAACUCUCACAGCUCUGCCCAUCAAGGUGCCUCAGGUCAGCUCUCUGCACCGGCUGGCAGGACCAGCAGCCACUGUGCUACCUCAG